GCGACGGCGGCGGCGGCGAAGUGGAUAUGGGAUGAGCAACAGCGCACGCGAGCUCAGCACAAGAGGCUCAGACUGCGCUGACACAGCGGUCGUCAAGCGAUAUGCAGCCCAAUACACGUCAGACGUGCACAAGAAGGCCAAGACCUGGCACGAUGGCUACGUGAGAGUGCAUCACUACAAUGCAAAGGCAUUUCUCCUCGAUUCAGCAUUCGGCGUGAUCGACGAGACGACUGUUCCGCGCUAUAUCUACGCCUCGGCAGGUCGGGCGCAAGCCAGCAGCUGCGUUGCGCCUACAAUCACUUUUGCACCUGAUACAGAGAUUCAAUUCAGCCGUCAUUUGAGCCGAUUGGAAGACUUUUGUCUUGAGAGCAAGACAGACCUCAAUGCCAUCAAAGAGACGCACAGCGCACGUAAGCGCAAAGUCGCUGCUGACCUGGACGGGUUUUGUGACGAUGCCAACCCAUCGUCGCCUGCAGCAGUGCAGAAGAAGGUGGCAUCUCCUUACGCCUCUGUGAUUGCGACCCAUGGCUCGCCUGCGUUGCGACGCAAGCUCUCCGAUAGAGCAAGCAAUGCCUCGCCGCGCCCGCCUGACGAGCAGAGGCGCGUUCCAAUGCUUAAGCCGAGACAGAACGCGCUCGGAAUAGUCAAGCUAAAGGAAAGCAAUGACAAACUGCCCGAGAGAGGCAGCGCGACGCCACAACCCGGCGAGCUUGGCAGCUCAAUGACCAGCGCCCUAGCGAGGGCGCUACAGUAUCAACCAUCCCACAAGAGUCCAUCAGGCUCGCUAUAUAGCUAUCAGAGGAACGCAAGUGUCGUCAAGCCAUUCAAAGCGCCUUCUCGGUCUACCUGAUCUGCAUGUAUCAACAAUCCCCCUGUACAACCCACGUAUGCUUGUUGUCCUCAAUGUGCCCCUCGUCAACAUCUCGUUAGUAGAGUCUGAUCAGAUCAGACGUAUCGCUACCGUUGUCAAUGAUGGCAUGCGAAUCCAUCAUCUCGCCGCCGGCUGCAGUUUCAUCUUGAUGCGUCGUAAAGCAUUCGAAUCGCCAGUGAUACUUCUCGCUCUUGCUGUGAUGCGUGAGCAUCGGCCCAAGACCGCCCUGAGCGAUCACUGCUCCUUGGCGGACAAGUGCCACGCGGAUCGGCUUAUUCGUGCAUACUGCAAUCGUCUCCUUGCUGAAAUCGGAGCCUAGUGGUCGGUGCAAAAUAUCAUCGCCUUCUAUUUCGACAAUGACAGAAAAGCCAGUCUGUUCGAGGCGAGACACGAUAAAGACUUGAUCUAGCCAGGCUGUGGCCUGCCUGACUUUGCGUUUGCUGUGACUCGAAGUCGUCUCCCCUGAAGUAUCUCGCGGU